AUGGCGGGUGAAUCAGUCUCCUUAUUGACAGAAAAAACAAAAGUGAGGUGAGCUGUGAAACGCGUCGUUUGAUGUGUUGUCCUUUCAUGAUGUAUGAUAAUAUUUGAUUGCACGAUUUCCAUCAUAUGCUAAUUUUACCAAUUACGCUUUCGGAUCGUUUCUUUCUCGUGCAUGGAAGAUGCAGGCUGAAGUCGCUGUAGGCCUGGUUUCGCCAAAAUAUGGGAGAAAAAUGUAUUAAUGUCAGUACCUGAACAACUAUGCACCUACCUCUCUCCUAAUUAAACAACUGUCAACUGAUAACAAGUUGAGGUUAAUGUUGAGCUAGGGGAGGGACAAAUGCGCAGUUGGCCAGAUACUGACUUGGUCUAGAAAAAUUUUCCUCUCAACAAGCUUAAAUUUGUUUCGUUUCGAUUCCUACACUCUCCAAAUUCAAAACUUUUGAAAACAGCAAAUGACUACGCUUCAACGCCUCAACGCAGCUAUGUUGUUACAACAUUGGACUGCAUUCUCUAAUAAAUCUUUAUCAAUUUUCCUUUUUCAAGAGUCAGUUCCGUCUUGAACCGUGAUUCUAACCAGUAUGGAAAGAAAUACAUGUUUGAUAAAAAUGAAGACACUUGUUGGAACUCAGAUCAAGUAAGGAAAAUAAAAGCUGGGGUGAAAGGGGGGGGGGACCUAGGGUGUUUUUAUGAUGUUAAAUGGUCAGUGGUACUUUUUGUCAUGGUUAAAGGUAGAUAGACUGAUUGAGUAAACCCUAAAGGUUGAAUAAACCAUAAGUAUUAGUACUCAUAGUAGUACUAUGAUUGUUCUCUUGACUAGUGAUGGUUUGAAGCAGAAUUUCCAGUGAAACUUACCAUCAAGUUUCAUGAACAGGAAUUCCCCUGUACCCUUAUACUUGGACACUCUGGCAUCAACACUGUCAUUCAUAACUCUCUUUUGUAUUUUUGUAUUCAUUUCUUAUGUUAAGGUCCGUAAGUUUUGCAGCUUCCAUAUUUGUCACAUGUCUCAACCUGUUCACAUUGUAAUGUAGAAAAAAAAGGAGGGUACAAAGAUGGCAAAAUUGCACCAUUAUUUUACACUUCAUAGCUCUCCUCACAUGAAAUGAACAAAGGUAGCACAAGGAGCAAACAGUCUCUUGGAAUCUCAAUAUGUGCUUUGUUAUUUAGGCACCAAGUUAUGGGCUGCAUUAAUGAAAAUGUUGCUGAUGAAAUUAGGCGUAGUGGAGAUAUAUUAAAGAAAAGAAUGGUUUUGUGCUGAAGUUGCCUUGGCAGUCUGAAUCACUAACAAAAUUAGUAUAUACCCAAAUUUGGGAAGAGAGACUUUCCUGAAUCUUUUCACCAUAUUUUCCAGGUUUGGUCUACCCGUGGGUGGUAUGUAAAUUUUCAGUAAUUAUUGUUUUAUAGGGUUCACCUCAAUUUGUUAUCCUGGAAUUUCCAGAAGAAGUUUGUGUGAAGGAAAUUCAGAUUCAGUUUCAGGGUGGAUUUGUAGGAAAGGAGUGUUGUCUUGAAGGUGGAACAUCAUCUAGCAGCUUAACACCAUUCUUUGAAUUUUAUCCAGAUGAUUUUAAUACACUUCAGGUAUCCUUUAGCAACUUUACAUAUAGAUUAGCCCAUGGAGAGCAAAUUGAACAACUUUCUUAGACUAAAUACUAGGGCCCAGUCAUAAAAACAACAGGAUAAGAAAAUUCUAAUGGACUAGAAGACAAGGUAAUCCUUUGGCAAAUUAAAGAUAGCUGAUGUAGAAUACAAAAUAAGAUACUGGUAAUGUAACAUCAUUUUGCCAUGGUUUGUAGGAAAUCCAAGUGGCACUUUUGUGCAAAAAAUGAAAUUAAAAGAAGAAAAGGUACAAGCCCCCUAAGGAGUCCUUGGCAGUUUUUAAAAUUACAGACCUCAAGCUGACAUUUCUGCAAUCAAAGUCAAUUGAACGGACACAAACCUGGCAUGAAGUCAAGGCAAUUUAGUACAUCACUAAAUCCUGACAUCCUUAGAGUCCAGCUAAAAUGCCCCCAAGGCAAAAGAGUCCAUGAUCUCACAGAAGAAUGACAAAGGAUUGUGGUGAAAAUGGAAGGUCGGUAGUGUUCACCAAAAAUAGGUUUCUGGCUAAAUGUGUUAGGAUUGGAAUCUCUCUAUCUUAAAAAAACUGACAUAAGUCCCUGUAUGAUACCCAUCCUUGAUUCUUUUCAUGCUUUUUAAGAAUUCUUUUCCAGAGGAAGAUAUUGGACUAUUUCUAGUAUUCUAGUUAUAUAUUAAAUAUAUAUAUACAGUUAAAUAUUUUAGUUAUUGUGUCUUUCCAUUUGCAGAAUUUUCUUUCUUUUCUAAAAGAUUGAUUUGUUUGUGUAUGUUGAAUGCCUUAACAUGGAGUAAAGACUUUUCCAGUCACAAUUUCAAGGAGGAUGAAAGUUUUAAAGAUCCUAUUUUCAAGUAGUACGGAUCUUUUUGGAAGAAUUACAAUUUACAAGCUUGAUGUGUUAGGCUGCUGACAUCCAUUCUCCAAUACCUGAAUUACGUGCUUGUACAUACCAACAUUCCUGCAUAUCAUGAAAAAUAAAAUUUUAGUUUUUACGACGGC